AAUAGCAGACGACGGCUAGGAGUGAAGACGGAUGGAUGAGAAGCGUCGUGAAAUAAGCAAUAAAAUAGAAGAACUAUUAAAGAAAAGCCGGGAGAAAGGAUUAACCGAUCAAGAUAUCCAGAAACAGGCUGGAUCGUUGCUGAAACUACAAAGAAAAUGGAGCUGGAGAGCUUGGAAAAGAUAUUGUUCAAUUCUGCUCAUAUUAUUCUUUAUUAUUUACGCCCUAAGUCAUAUUGAAUUCAUCAAACGAUCCUAUUAUUGGGCAGCGAAGACAAUAUUCAUCUAUACAGUACAGUAUAACGGAUGGUCGUCAUUUUACAUGGAUGAAUGCCUUAUUCCAAAUCCUUUUCAUGAAAUUAGAACCUUAACGAAUGAAGAUUGCGAAUUAUGCGAAAAUAUCAAGCUAAUUCCCAGAUUGUCCAAUAUUAGUUCAGCUUUGGUAGCUGAAAAUUUCUUAAAGCAAGAUAGACCACUUAUUGUGACCGAUGCUGUUGAUAACACUUGGCCAGCAGUAUCUCUUUAUAAUAUUAACUUUUUAAGGCAAAUUUUUGAAAAAGAAGAAGAAUUAAAAUCUGCUCCACCUUGCAUGUAUGCUAGUAAUGUUCGGAUGAAAAGGGGUAAUCUCCCAAAACUCCUGGAAUUGGCAUCAAAUAAUCAUAUAACAAAUUGGUACGCUCAUUGGGAAAAUUGCGAUAAGCAAGCAGCAAAAAAACUACGAACAUUCUAUCAAAGACCAUACUUUAUGCCAUCCAUGGUCGAAGGGGGCGAAACAAAUUGGCUUCUAAUCUCCUCCCGCUACACAACCGCCAAGUUUAAGCCAGCCGAUAUAAAUUUGCCUAUGGUUUGGAUUGCGCAACUAAAGGGUGAAAAUAAAUUUCGAUUAACACCACGCGAACCAUGUAAUUCAACUUGUUCACCAAUUUAUACAACAUUAAAGCCGAAAGAAUUACGUUUGUUAUCCUUUUCAAAUACGUUAAAGUUGUAUUCUUAGCAAAUUUUUUUCCAAUUUCUUAUAGUUGUUCUUACCGACUUAAUGUGGAUUCUCGACUAUAUGCCAAUUGGAUCAGAGGAAUCUGUAGCUAUUGGAUCUGGCGGCUAUUUUGAUUAGUCAAAGAAUUUUAUGUUUAUAUUUCAUAUAUUGUAUGUUGUUUUAUUUUUUUUUUCUAAUUGUCAUUUAGACUUUAGUAUUUUAAACUGAGGAAAAGGAUUAAACGAAGUUACUUUAUCAGAUCUGAUAAGAAUUUGAUGCUUAUCUUUGUUUUGAUUUGCAACAAUCGUAUAUAAAAUCGUUCUAAUUUAAUAUUUAAUUUUCUUAAUAAGUCUAAAUAGUAAUGCUAUUAGAAUGAUCAAAGUUACUAUUCCAAUAGGCCAAAGUCUAAGCUAUUCUGAAGAGCUAUUGGCUUUAAAUUUAGCCCCUGCAAGCGUAAUUUUACACAAGCUUUACAAAAUAGGAAAAUUAGAAAAUUAUUUUCAACUUAUUUAAUAAAAAAACGCGCAUCUCCAGUGGAGUGUACAGUAAAAUUUAAAGAUUUAAUUACUUGAAGGAGU